AUGCUUCCCCGCGUUGCCUCGGCCCGUGUGAAGUUCUCUUCUUGGGCGUCUCUCUCGAUCACCAUCUGUGCGCACGCGCACGCGAAGGGUAGCGGCGGAUGGGCGAUGAUGAGCGGGGGACCGGCUGCUGCGCUCCACGGCGGGCCCCCACGCGUGGGCGUCUUGGGGGCCGCCACCGCGGCGCAACGGGUCCGGCAGAGCCUGCAGCGUGCAGGUCUCGUGUUGGUGGCCGUGGGGGCGCAGGAGGAGGCGACGGCGACGAAUUCCCCGCUGGGGAACAUUACCGAACAAAAACCAGAGCCCGCGGCUGCACCGCAGCCACCCGCGCCAUCCGAGGGAACCCCGCCGUCGGGCGCGGCGCCGCAGGAAACCGCAGCUGUGAAGACAUGCACGUACGAUGAGCUCGUCGCCUGCAGAGAGGUGGAUGUCGUGUACGUGGCGCUCCCACUGGAGGAGCGGGAUGAGUGGGUGAAGCGGUGCAUCCGACACCGCAAGCACGUGCUUCUUUCUAUCCCUGCGGCUCCCUCCGCCGCGGUGCUGCAACGGUGGAUGGAGCUUGCCAACAGUCAGCGACUCUUCCUCGCCGAUGGCGCGGUGCUGAUGCAAGGCACCCGGCUGGAGCGCCUGUGGGGGAUGUUCAGCGACGCCGGCGACGGCGACGUUGGGCCGCUUCGAGCGGUGCGGGUGUGCUGCAGCAGCGGCGGCAGCGGCCACUUUUCCGAGGCACUCCCCGCGACGUGCGACGGUGUGGACUCACAGUUUGGUGUGCUUGGGAAUUUGGGGUGGAUGGCCGUGGCGACAGUCCUGCACGGCAUGCAGGACACGAUGCCAACCGCGGUACUGGGCCGCGCCCUGCAGCGCGAUGCCGCACCGGGGUGCAGCAUCACGGAGUUUUCCGGGGAGCUGCUCUUUCCGGCGGCGGGAUCGCAGGAGGUCACGGUGUGCAUGCAUGUGGAGCAUGCGGCACCAGCAUCAUCGUCCGCCGCCGAGCAGUUCCUCACAGCCUACGGCACCGCCGGCUCCGUGACGCUGCACGACCUCAUCGUCCCCGUGCCCGACGAGGACGGCAACGUCCGCCUCACGGUUGCCUCGCAUGAGACGGUGCAGGGCGAGCACCUUCGCCGCACCGUGCGCCGUGAGAGGGAAGUGCGCGUGGCGGAGGCGGUGGAGUGCACGGAGCUUCCCUGGCGGCGCCUGCGGGACACGCUCGCGCCCCGCCCGCACGGUCGCACCCCGCGACUGGCCUCACGCUUCGUGACCAGCGCGGCCGCGGCCGCGGCACACAUGAGGCGCUCGUGGUCGACGCAGGCAGUGAUUGAUGCGAUGCUCGAGACCACGACGAAGACCAUGGCAGUAACGAAGAAAACAGGGGACGGGGCGGGAAAGGAUGACAGCGCACAGCAGACAACAUGA